UGUACCUAGAGGUGACGCUGUGAGAGUGGCCAUGGCUGCGGGCCCCCGGGGUGUAGGUGUCCGAAGGUGUCGCUGUAGCCGUGCUGGGUUAGGGCGUCUGGCCGCCGGAGCAGCCCUCAGGACCGGCUUGGCAAGGCGAUGGCACAUGGCUAACUUGAUUUCUGAGGAAAAACAACUGGUCCAGGCUCUAAAAGAAUAUAUCCUUUUGAAUGAAGCCAAACUCUCUAUGAUAAAAAGCUGGACUGAGAAAAGAGAUGCUUUGAACCUUAUAAUUCCUGAAGAUAAGGAAGACUUAGGAAAAUUAGUGGAUGUAUACAAGGUGCUGAAGCAUCUAAAUAAGGAUUGGUCAUUAGUGGAGAGCUUUAUCCUCCAGGACCCAUGCAUUGCUCCUGGUGAUGCCUCUGUGAAUUUGCCUAUUCUAGGUACCUUAUAUAAGUGGAAUUUUGUCAUAUUUGACCUUCUGUGUCUGAUGUAUUUUGUAUUAUCAUGGAUUCUAACGUUGGAGGCUUUCAUUAAAUGCCUGGUGAAUUUUUGUUUAUCUGUUCAUAUGAGAGAGGAUAAGUUGAGAGAGGAAAUUAGAAACCUGUUGGAAAUAGUGAAAAUAUGGGAAGAACUUUACACUGGCGGGAUUUGGCUUAGUUAUUGGGUAGAGUGCUGGUCAUACUCUAGGAAGCAUCGAAAUGCCAGUAUAUCUGAUCUUUUCCAUGGGACCAUUCAAUUCCUUAGAGAAGAACACUGAUUUUUUUUAAACAGCUUUAUUGAGGAUCUAUUUGCAUACCAUAAAAUCCAUUCAUUUUUAAGUGUACAAUUAAGUGGUUUUUAGAAAAUUCAGGCUAAAUAUGGAGUUCACCUCUUGUACCUCCUUUUCUUAAGGAAUAUAGCCCCCAAGAUAGUCUGCAUUAAUUGUUCUCCAAUGCCUUCAAAUAAUUGUUUUAUUGAUUCUGUUCAUAUUUUAUAGUUCGUUUUGAUGGGAAAGUUAGUUCAAUGCAAGCUACAUUAUCAUGGCCAAAACCAGAAGUCCCAAUCUACUGAGUUUUUAAUUCAGUUAUUAUAUAUUUCAAAUUGAAUAGUUUUUGUUUGUUUCACACCUUCUUGCAAUUUUGUUGUAUUUCAAGUCCCUGUUUCACUUCUUCAGACAUAGUAAGUAUACUUUUUCAUAUUGUGUGUCAGAUAAUUCUAACAUCUGAAUUUUUAUGGCACUGAUUCUGCUUGUUUUGUUGUUGUUCCUACUGAGAGCUACUUGCGUUCCUUGGAAGUUUGUGGAAAUUCUUUGAGGUCUGCGCCAAAGUGAAUUCCUCUAGAAAUAAUUUGCAUUCACCUCAGUAAGCUACAUUGCAGCACUACCAAGGAUUCAUUUUAAGGAUAUUCUAAGUUUAUUGCCAGGUUCACAUGAUUGCACAAGUUUUUCCCUACAGAGGAGGAUGACAUUCAGGCUGCUAAGGCCCUGCUGCUUCUUCAGCACAUGUACAAACUGGAUCUGAAGGCUCUUUCCAAGGGGGUGCUGGCAGACUCCUCUCAUGAACAAGCCUGGCUGAAUCUGCCAUACUUUGUGAAGUUGUUGGAGGAAGAAAGGACAGGAAAGCCAGGAAGUGGGGCAUCAGAGACCAAGCAUGAGAUAUCCAACAAUGCCCUCAGGAUUCCGUGGACCAUCUGCAAAACCAAGAGGUUUUGUUUUAUGAGAGCCUCUGCUGUGGAGAGGAUGAAGCGAUCCAGAGUCUUUAAUAUCACCUCAGCUUCUGCCCACCCAUCCAAAGUCAGGGUCAGCCAAAGGUUGCUGAUUGUGGUAUUGGAGAAUUCUUUGAACCUCAUUUGGAUUAUUUUUUGGGAUUUGAGGACAAGCCUUUUGGAGCCUGAUGAGACAGGGAAUCGUGUGGCCACAUUCAUGAGCUAUAAUGUAAGCACCAAGAUGGCAGAGAAUCUGUCUUGCUUCCCGCUUGACUCUAGUGCCAGAGAGUGCCUGAUAUAUGGAGAAAAUGAAAUCCUUCCAGUCCUGGACCGUGUGAGAGAUGUGCCAGAAUCUUCAGAGAGUCUGCUAUUUCCAACGUCCCAAGGCUCUGUGGGACUCCUGCAAACCUUGCCCCUACCCACGCCCACAUCCCAGGGAGAAGAGCACAUCCUAGCAAGAGAUUUUAACGAGUUCUCAGAGAAGUUGAUUAUCUUCCUGGAGCCCCUGGAGGGUGCCCUGAAGUCCUUGCUGAACUGCACACAAACUCUCAAAACCUUGUGGAGAGACCCUUAGUCCAGGCCUUUGCACACCCAGGGCUCAGAGCAGGGCUCGGGUCCUGGGUCUCCAGCACUCCCCCUGAUGUCCCAGUUAAUGCUCCACCCUGUUGCACGUCUCAGCUGUUGAACCCCUGACUUCUGAACUGGCCGUGCUCAAGCUUGGUCUCUGGGUCCCAGAUGAUCGUUGUCUAUUUAUGUAGCAGUUUAUUUAUUUAUUAUCUGCCCUUUUGUGGAGUUAUUUAUUUUAAUAGUAGAGCCCUCUCAGGAGCCUUUGAGUAGAGCUCAGAGGGGGUGUGAAGCCAUUUUCAUUUGUGUCUCAGAUUUCAAAAGUAUUCCUCCUCUUCUGGGAAAAAUAAAUACUUCAUAAAGAGUCA